CCAUCGCGAUCGUCGAUGAUCCCAACACUGCGUGCAAAAGAUCCACACCCCGCCUCCCAUAGCCCAUCGAUACCAGCAAAACCUCUCGCGAUGUACGGAGACGGUAUGCGGUACGGAUCUUUGCUUGCCGCAACACACUCGCAAAGCUCUCGUCAUUACCAAACCGCCUGAACUCUGCCGCCUGCUCUGUUCCUGCGGCUAGUUGUCUUGUUUUACAUCCUCGGUUCUUACCAUGCCAUCUUGACUUUUUUUUUUGUCUCUUACGCCCGUCCAUUCUCUGCCCUACCUCCCUUGACCUUGCUUGCACGCGCAUCGGUUACUUACCUACCUUACCUACCUACGAAGUACGUGGUAAAGUACCUACGGUUUAUUAGAGGUAGAGCAAGCACGCAAGCUUCCCCCCUGCCGUCAAGGUUCUACAUUGAUCAAACUCCUCCACGCCCUCAGUCGAGCCUUCGCAUCCAGUGACGUGUGGCUGGGUUAGCCUUGUCUUCGUUUUGCUACUGGUUGCUAAGUUUACCGCGAAUUCAAUAAAACCGCCCUACCCGGCACAAACCGGUCCCUUGUUCGUCCCGUCCAUCGAAAAGGCGUUGACGAUACGAAACGCUCCAUCUGUGCGCCCGAAACCUUGUAUGAGCUGGGGAGCAUAGACGUUCAAAGGUUAAUGGAUCCUCGAGUUUAAGCAAUUGACACGGUCAAGGCAUGCUGGUGCAGCUCCCGCGCGAACUAAUUAUCUAAGCUUGGGUCUAGUCCGUCGCAGCUUUUCACUCCGUUCACCUGCGACAAGCUUCACCCUUUAUUUCGUUUUCCUGAAUCCCAUCAAACACAUCAAAGUCUGUACCGCACACCACCCUGCCUCCGGAGAAUUCCCACCGAGACCCGUCCUCCCAAGCUUUACCUGCUCCUCACCCGCAGCGGCCAUCAGACUUGGCUCCGGGUGCGCCGCCCGUUGCUCCGGAAUCCCUCGACCGCCCUCAUCUCGACAACGUAACUCCGCGCUUAUACCGUGAACGAAACCCCGAGUCGAUCCGGAAUGGUGGAACUUACUAUUCGGUGAUUGCGGAACAGCGCUACGGGAAGGGCGCCGGGAAGCAGUCAGCUACACUCCCUGUCCUACAGGCCAAGUCCGACUCGAACUCCUCGCAAAGGAAGCGGCAGCAGCAGGGCACCGGAGACGGUCCCGCGCAAGCUCCAGACAGUCGCGGUCUGGGGCCAGCUGCCGACGUCGGCGACGGUCGUCUGUCUCGCUCCCGCUGGAAGAAGCCGCGUCUCGCUUCCCCCCGCAGCAUCGAUCUCAGCUCGCUCGUCUCGCCGAAGCUGUACACGACCAUUGAAGAUCCUACGUCUCCAAUAUUCUUCUCCUCCACCAGCUCACGGGCCAACAUGACGCGGCCGCACCAGAAAUAUGCGACGGCCGAGGCCACGGCGAAUAUGAUAGACCGCAUGCGGCAGCCCGAUUCAGUCACAACACAUCAGCUCGCGAGGGGGAGCAUAGACUCAAACAGUCCCGCAAGAUCCGUUAGUACCCAUGCAAGUUGGCCCUUUGAAGGGACGGGUUCCUCCAAGAGCCCUGGUUCGGUACCCGCACACCUGCAAUCGCUUCAGUCUGUUGGCACUGUCGAGUUUCUGGAACAGGAUGAGCGGCCAACAUUUGUUGUUGAUCUUACCAGCUUGGCUUCGUCGAGUCCUGAGCAGCUUCCCAUUAUGUUUUCCAAUGCGUCGUUGCGCGCUUCGCCUAAGCUUCUCGACCUCUUGGCACCGGACACGUCCGAAGCAGUCAUUAGUAAGGAGUUCGCCAGGUUCAAGGCAUGGGUUGUGAGCUAUAUUAAGGAUAAACAGUCCACGGACAUUCUACUGCCCUCAACAACAUAUGGAAACGUCACAUGGACUUGCUGGACUCUUCGAAAGAGGUACCGUGUCGUAAGCGGGGCGUGGCUUGCGACAGUCGACGCCAACGACUCUAUGCAGCCGCAUCGCCCAUCUCCGAUAACAGUUAUCGAAACAUCCCGGGCCAGUACGCCGGAUUUGGACCCCGCCACACCGCGAGAACCAAUCGGAGAUAGUGAUGACUACUUCGGCUCAGCGGAGGACGCUAUGCAACAUUAUGACCUCGUCAUGGCAGAGUCGCCAGCUGAUUUUCACUCUGAGGCGGAUCCUGCCCGGUUGGGUCUUCACAUGGCUGAUACUAUGGGGGAACCUGGCCGGACGUCGUUUGACUGGACCAGGAUCUCGGUUCAUCCGGGUUUGGAUGCGCAUUUCAUUUUUGCGCGGUCCAUUGACUGGGCUCGAACUCCACUGGGGCCCAUGGAGCAUUGGCCAUCGGACCUUCGCGUUAUGUCUAACCUUAUUAUGGGCAGUCCUAACCCGGCCGCCAUGUACUGGGGCGAGGAGUACACGGCAAUCUACAAUGAGGCUUACACGCAGCUGGCAGGUCAGAAACACCCCAUGAUGAUGGGUACAUCGUACACUGUUGUCUGGGCCGAGAUCUGGGACGGGCUCAAGCCGACUUUUGAGAACGCGUGGAUCCGAGGCCAGGCGACUAUGAAAUAUGACGACCAGCUUUUCAUCAUCCGGAACGGGUUUUUGGAAGAAACGUAUUUCAACUGGUCCAUAAUCCCGCUGGUCGGCGGAGAUGGUAACGUGGUCGCGCUCUACAACCCGGCGUGGGAGAACACGCGUCGGAAGGUUAAUGAAAGGAGGAUGCAGACGCUUGGGGUAAUUAACGAAAAGACAGCGCCAGCAAGGGAUAUCAAGAGCUUUUGGCAGUUGGCACUCAAGGGACUCGAGUUCAACGAAUUCGACAUACCGUUCGUCUUGAUGUACUCGACCUGUCCAGACGAGUCAGAAAGCGAGGUUUCGUCUUUACACUCGGGAAGUUUGGCGAACCCGCCAACUGUGGUAUUAGAGGGAUCCUUGGGAGUGCCAGCCGGCCACCCAACCGCAGUAAAGUACCUUGAUCUGCGCACCAGUGAUGAGGGCUUUGCGCCGUACAUGCGCGAGGCCAUGAGCUGUACCGACAGUCCUAUAGUCCUGAGCAAAGAAUCGGGGACAUUGCCGCACCAUCUGAUCAGCGGUUUCGAGGGACGAGGAUUUGGAGACGCCGCAAGAACUAUCGUUGUUUUCCCAGUUCAUCCAACCCCAACAGGCGAGGCUGUCGCUGGCUUCAUCGUCAUGGGCACCAACCCGAGAAGGCCGUACAAUGAGGACUUUGAACUGUUCAUCAAGCUUCUCUCUCGUGCGCUGGCCACGUCCAUGGCCUCGGUUGCGCUUUUCGAGGAAGAGAUUAGGAAGGGCCAGAAAGCGGCACGAAUAGCCGCUCUAGAUCGCCAAGAGCUCUCGCUACAGUUGCGGCUUCGCACUCAAGAGGCUGUAGAAAGCGAGUACAAGUUCAGCAGGAUGGCCGAGUUCGCACCCGUGGGCAUGUUCAUAACAAAUAACCAAGCCAAGAUUACCUACAGCAACGAUAUGUGGUGGCAGAUAUCACGGCAUCCGCGGUCGCAUGACACGUUGGGCAGCUGGAUGCAGAGCGUACGCGAUGAGGAUCGCCCUGGGCUUGAGGAGGUCUGGACGAAGCUUGUGACGGAGAAGGUGACUACCACGCAUGAAUUUCGGUUCAAGUCGAGCAGUCAGGCCGAGGGACACCCGGUCGAUACAUGGGUCCUGCUGAGCGCUUUCCCCGAGAAGGAUGCCAACGGUGACCUCAAACGCAUUUUUGGCUGCAUAACCGACAUUACCCAACAAAAGUGGGCUGAGACGUUCCAGCGGCAACGCAGAGAGGAAGCCGUUGAGUUGAAGCGCCAGCAGGAGAACUUUAUCGACAUGACCAGCCACGAGAUGCGUAAUCCGCUCAGCGCCAUCCUACAGUGUUCCGACGAGAUCACGAGCGGACUGGCACGGUUCCGCAGCGGCAACGAGACGUUGGAUAUGGACUUGCAGCUUCUUAUGGACGGUUGUCUUGAGGCCGCCAACACCAUCGCCCUCUGCGCCAGCCACCAAAAGAGGAUCGUCGAUGACAUCCUCACAUUCUCCAAGCUUGAUUCGCAGCUACUCCUUGUGACGCCGGUUGACGCACAGCCAAUAGCUGCUGUCCAAAAGGUCCUCAAGAUGUUCGAGUCGGAAAUCAGGAGCAACCAAAUCCGCGUCGAAUUCCGGGUCGAAAAGUCGUAUGAGGAGCUUGGUGUCGAUUGGGUCAAGAUCGAUCCCUCGAGACUGCAGCAGAUCCUGAUCAAUCUCAUGACCAACGCCAUCAAGUUUACCAACGCGCGCGACUCGCCGACCAUCAUCGUCAGCAUGGGUGCCAGCCGGAACAACGGGGACGGCACGGCGCCGUUGUCUGGGCUGAGCUACUUUCCGACUCGAUCACCAGCCACUGAAAACAUCACUGACAAGCCCGAGUGGGGUAGUGGAGAGAAGGUCUAUCUCCACUUUUCUGUCACUGAUACCGGGCCGGGGUUGGACGCCAAGGAGAAGAAGCUGCUGUUCCACAGGUUCUCGCAAACGUCUCCCCGAACACAUGUGCAGUAUGGCGGGUCAGGACUGGGUCUGUACAUCUCGAGAAUUCUAUCCGAGCUCCAGGGUGGGCAGAUCAGCGUGGUGAGCGAAAAGGGGGUCGGAAGCACGUUUGCAUUUUACAUUCAGGCCCGCAAGGUAGAGCCCGGGAAUAUAUCAGCGAAUACGCUCGCGGCAGCGGGUUCCUUCAGGAUCGACACUGCGGCAUCCAAGAGCAAUGGUAGCGGCAGCGGUAGCAGUAACAGCAUCGCCAAGCCCUCUUCACUGUCUGCUCCCGAAGGCGCAUCCUACGCCCUGGGAAAGACGACCAUCAGCCCUACGACGACAUCACCAGCGUCAAAUUUGAACGGAGCAUCGCCGCAACGGCAACGAGAUGUAGUUAACGCAUCAGCAGCGACGACCCGGAGCCCGACACCAAAUUCGAGCCACAACCAUCGCCCCCUCGAUGUGCUCAUAGUCGAGGAUAAUCUGGUAAAUCAGCGUGUCCUACAGCGCCAGCUUGUCAGGUGCGGCAACAACACACUCGUGGCCAAUCACGGCCAGGAGGCGCUUGCUACCUUGCGGAGGUCGCGAUUCUGGCGGCACGGGGUGAUUGAGGAGGAACAGCAUCAGCUGGGCGGCACUGGAGAACAAUCAACGAAGCCGGGAGCUUCCAUGACCGAUGACCCAUCGACACCGGGUACGAGCAUGACAAGUACAGGCCAGCAGGAGACCGACAUCAACAUUUCCGUCAUAUUAAUGGACCUCGAGAUGCCCGUCAUGGAUGGCAUGACGUGUGCACGCCGGAUCCGGGAGUUGGAGCAGCUGGGGGUUAUUGCACACCACAUACCAAUUAUCGCGGUGACGGCGUACGCGCGACCUGAGCAGAUCGAAACCGCAAAGGCUGCUGGAAUUGACGACGUCAUCUCGAAACCAUUCCGCAUACCCGAGCUCAUACCCAAGAUAGAGGAGCUGGUCUCAAAGUUCGACACGUACGCUACUCUUGGUUCCAGCACUAUGGACAUCUCCGCUGAGCCCAUGGUCACAUCGCCACCUACUGCCACUGCGCCUCCGCCGCCCCCUGCUGCGACGACUGCUGUUGCAUGAUGGACUUGGUAAUCAUUUGGUCCUUUGUUAUACCUAUACACACCUACCUCAUUGUGUCGCACAUAUAUUUGUCACCGCUCGACUUCUGAUGAGGUUGCGAUAUCCCCAUUUUUCUUUCUUUCCUUUGGUAUUAAUCGACUGGUGAUACAAGGGUGGGCUCGGAGUUGCUGUUUCAUUUUUUUUAUCUUUUGCUUUUUUGGGCUGCAGGAUACCACUAUAUGGGACGGCGUACGGGUGGCAAUAGAUAGACACAAGGCCAUUGUAGGAUGCAUGAUAGGCUGGCUGGCUGAUUAUCUGUUUGUGGCUUUUUUUUUUUUUUUUUUGUUCUUUUGUUCUUUCCCUGUGCG